CGACCCACGAAAACAGGUCGUGCUAAGACCUUUCGGACCAUUAGGCUUUCCGAACAAAUAUUCAGCACCUGAAAGAGUCAGAAAAUCUAUCCGUCUCAAGCCGGACUCAAUUCCCACGCAUUUCAGUUUCUCCCUCUCUUUCAUUCCAUGUGGGGGCAUGAUUCUUAACGUACACCCAUCUCGAGGAUUUACUUCAGAUCCCAUUGUUCUUUCGGUUACUUUCAACGUUCGCUACAGUAAUCCCCCUAUGAUUGCUUCUUCUCUGCACCUCCAUUCCCUUCGCCUUCUUAGUUCUUCUGCGUCUGGCAGAUAGGGGGGGUCUUAGCAUUCCUGGUUAUGGACACUCCCGCUAGGUUCCUGGUUGUUUUGCUGCUUCUCUGCCUCUUCGCUCCCUGGUCCUUGUCAAUUGAGAAUUUUCACCAAGCAUUUCCGAUCGUGGAACCUGAUCCUGGUCAUACAAAACUUCGUCUUUCAAGAGAAGGUUUGGAAGCGAUUGAGAGAAUAACGAACCCAAUUGCAGCUGUAGCUGUGAUUGGGCCAUAUCGCUCUGGAAAAUCUUUUCUGCUCAAUCAACUUCUCUCUCUUUCUUGUUAUGAAGGAUUUGGUGUUGGACACAUGCGUGACACCAAGACAAAAGGAAUUUGGGUUUGGGGAACCCCUAUAGACUUGGAUAUUGAUGGAGUCAGAACUUCUGUAUUUUACCUUGAUACAGAAGGAUUUGAAAGCAUUGGGAAGUCAAACGUAUAUGAUGAUCGGAUAUUUGCUCUAGCAAAUGUCAUGAGUUCUGUGCUUAUCUAUAAUCUGCCUGAGACUAUACGUGAAGCUGACAUCUCUCGAUUGUCUUUUGCGGUUGAGCUUGCUGAAGAAUUUUAUGGGAGGUUUGCACUUGUGAACCUUGAGUUUGUUGUUAUCAUGUAUUUUUAUGUUCUAAUGUGCAAUUUUUGUGGGUUGAACAGAGUGAAGGGCCAAGAUGUUGCAUUUGAACCUGCCAGGCUGUUGUGGCUCAUUCAACGUGAUUUUCUACAAGGGAAAUCAGUGCAAGAAUUGGUGAAUGAAGCUCUUCGACGAGUCCCCAAUGCUGACGGGGACAAAAAUAUUGAUAUGGUUAACCAGAUCCGGGAAUCGUUGGCUAUCAUGGGAGACAACAGUACUGCCUUUAGCUUACCACAACCACAUCUCCGGCGAACAAAACUUUGUGACAUGAAGGAUGUUGAACUUGAUCCAACAUAUGUUAAGAAAAGGGAGCAAUUGAAAGAGCUUGUUGCUAGCAUCAUUCGUCCCAAGAUUGUACAGCGAAAAUCACUGAAUGGGAAGGAGUUUGUUUCUUUUCUGGAGCAGAUACUUGAAGCCUUGAACAAAGGAGAGAUUCCUUCAACAGGUUCCCUUGUGGAGGUUUUCAACAAGGGUAUUCUUGAGAGGUGUCUAAAGCUAUAUAGCGAAAGGAUGGCAAAAUUGCAUUUUCCACUUCCAGAGGAAUCGCUGCAGGAGGCUCAUGAAAAGUCUAGAGGGGAAGCAAUGCAGGCGUUUGAUGAGCAACAUUUUGGACGUCACCAUGCGAAGAAAUCAGUCGAGCAACUGGAUGAAGAAAUUCAGAAGGUGUUCAACAAUGUUGUUAUGCAAAAUGAAUAUCGAUCUUCGAAGCUCUGUGAGGCAUUGUACACCAGAUGUGAGGACAAAAUGGAUCAGCUUCAAGUUCUCAGGCUUCCUACCAUGGCAAAAUUUAAUGCAGGCUUCCUGCAGUGCAACCAAAGUUUUGAGCAUGAGUGCAUUGGACCGUCAAAAACAAACUAUGAGGAACGCAUGAUGAAGAUGUUAAAGAAGUCUCGAGCUCUAUUUAUCAAGGAAUACAACCACAGGCUUUUCAAUUGGCUGGUGGCGUUCUCUCUUGUCAUGGUUGUGAUUGGCCGCUUUGUUAUAAAGUUCAUUUUGAUUGAAAUUGGAGCGUGGCUACUCUUCAUAUUUUUGGAGACAUACACAAGGAUGUUUUGGUCAGCAGAGUCACUUUACUAUAACCCAAUUUGGCAUUUUGUAGUCGCAACUUGGGAAACUCUUGUUUACAGCCCAAUCUUGGAUUUAGACAGAUGGGCUAUCCCGUUUGGCGUAAUUCUGUCAUUACUAGUUCUUUAUUGGCGGUGUUAUGGAAAGAGGAAACAUGGAUCCAGGUGGCUUUUGCCUCUCUACAAUGGCCAUAAAAAUGGGUCAAACCGAUUAAGAACAGAUUGAAUAUGUAUGGUGCUGCGACACAGAAAGUGAAAAGGUGAUCAGAGGGCGAUUGACCACUGUGGCAGCUACUGUAACUACAGCUCUUUCAAAAUCCAAUGCUUUGCUUGGCCAUAUAAAAUAUAUUGAUUUUGCAAAAUCUGUAUUACUUAAGUUAUUUACGUUGGAUUAUAGAGUAAAUUGGAUAUUACUUGCCCUGUUCUGCCGCCACCAUCAUAUCAUCUCGACUUGUAAACAAGUAAGCUGAAAAGGAAAAUGCGAAAUAGAGUUCAUUCUUUAUUCUUUUAUUUCCACAUAGUUUCUGGGAAUAGCUGAUCGAAAUAGAAUGACCUGCCUGCUUACCACCAGCUUAUUGGAUUUAUUCAUUUAA